UGCUUCAAUCCAAACGGUGCCUGAGACGGAUGUACCAUAUAAUUUCCCGCCGUAACACGAACCUGGCAGAAACAGCUGUAAAUUGUGCCGUCACUGAAUUGAGUUUUUUUCUUCGAAUUCCUCAUGGCUCAUUCGAAACCCUAGCAACCUCGAAACCCUGAACUGCAGUCUCGAAUCUCUUCGAGAAUACUUAGCUUCUUUUGGACCCCGUGGAUCGUUCAGAUCAAGCUCCGGAAUGGAUCAUCAUCAACCACACUGGCGUCCCAUGCCCAUCCCGGGUAACAUCUGCCCCAUCUGCUCAAUUUCUCACUUUCCCUUUUGCCCUCCGCACCCUUCCUUCUAUCAAAACCCUAGGUUCCCAUUCGAUCCAUACAGUGGGCCCACGGGUCCACCCCGGCCGUUCACUGACGGGUUCGGAGAUCUGAGGCCGUGGCACAGAAACGCUAGCUUGGAUAGAGGAGAACCUUACGGGCAAUUCCAAUCGCAGUCUUAUGGUAAUUGGUUUACGAACGAGGGAGAUAGGAACUCUAAGAGGCCUAGGGUUGAUGAUAUUCAUAAUCACGAGAAUCCUGGAAUGUUUUCGUCGGAGGAUGAGCGGAGAUUGAAGCUUAUUCGUGAUCACGGUGCUGUGUCGAGUGCACUGCUGCCUGAAGGCAGUGCGGGCUCGAUUCCGGGAGUGAAUCAUGAAACGAAUGCAUAUGCUCAGGAAAGUUCACCCUUUGAUGGGAAUUAUGGUAGACCUGGUGGUGGGGAGUACGGGAAAUUUGAUGGCUUUCGGGACAUUAAGGGUGAAGUCGGACCACUGAGUGUGAGGAAUAUGGAGAUGAGCAACAAAGAUCCAAGGUUUGGUUCGGAUGAUGGAAGAGAGCAACAACAUAUGCAGAGUAAUGGCAAUGGGUUUCAGAAUAUAGAAUUCCCUCAUUCUAGACAUGGUCAGGUUGACAGUUCUCUGCAUCCUUUUCAGACACAUGGGAUUAAAAAUGUGGAUCAACCACACCUGCCGUAUCCAGUUUCUGAAGUUCCGCAUGAUAAAUAUCGUAACCCCCACAAUCAUCAACAAUGGCAAAGUCGAGAUUCCAUGCCAGCAAAAGAACCACAGCAUUCUCAUAUGAAUAAUUGGCAAGGGACAAGGAUGCUGUACCCUGAAGAAAGAAGUAGCGUUCCAAUGGACUAUCGUGAUCCUAACAAUCAACUGCAACAACCCUAUGGAAUGCAGUAUCCUGUUGAUAGGAGACAUGAUUUCCAUUCACCUAGUCUGCCAAGUGAUGUGAGACGACCACUCGAAGUUGGUUUUCCAUCUCAAGAUGGCAAGCAGGGUUCACUUCAUCAUCAGACUCUACCUGGAUUCACCCAACGCGGUGAUCCAAAUGCGAAUGAGCAUGGAGGAUAUUUUCUAUCCGCUUCUGGUGGCAGUGAGAAUGUGGGUAAAAUGGAGGCUUCUCCGUUUUUUAGUAGGCAGCCUCCUAUUCCUGCUUCGAUACCACCACCUCCGGCUGUCGACCCAGUGUUGCACAUUUCUUCAGUGAUGAAAGCCUACUCCUCACCGCCUAAAACAUCCUCUUCUUUGUUUCCCAUUCCUGUUGGUUCGUCGGCUGUGAUGCCUUCAUCAUAUCCACCAAUUCCUGAGGCCCACUCCAUGACCCUUCCCUAUUUUUAUAAUGAACCACUUAUGCAUGCUUCCGCUGGCUUUCUUUCCGAGUCCAAGCAGGCUGUCGGGGAUGGAAAACCUUUUUCUCUAAAGCAAUUAUCUUCGGAUAAGCCAAAAGUUAUUGAUGCUUCCCACUUAUUUAAGCCGCCGCAUCGUGCUUCUCGCCCUGAUCAUAUUGUGUUAAUCCUUCGAGGGCUUCCAGGUAGUGGGAAGAGCUACUUAGCAAAGAUGUUGCGUGACCUUGAGGUUGAAAAUGGUGGUCACGCUCCACGUAUUCAUUCUAUGGACGAUUAUUUUAUGACCGAGGUUGAAAAGGUUGAGGAAGGUGACGUUUCGAAAUCUUCGAUUUUGGCCAGAGGCAAGAAACCAAUAACGAAGAAGGUGAUGGAGUAUUGUUACGAACCUGAAAUGGAGGAGUCUUAUCGGUCAAGCAUGUUGAAAGCAUUUAAGAAGACUGUUGAGGAGGGAGUUUUCACCUUCAUCAUUGUGGAUGACCGCAAUCUGCGGGUAGCUGAUUUUGCUCAGUUUUGGGCAAUUGCAAAGAGUUCGGGUUAUGAAGUUUACAUAUUGGAAGCUACAUAUAAGGACCCUGUGGGCUGUGCAGCUAGGAAUGUGCAUGGUUUUACCAAAGAUGACAUUAAAAAGAUGGCCAGGCAGUGGGAAGAAGCUCCAUCUUUGUACUUGCAGCUAGAUGUGAAGUCAUUAUUCCAUGGGGAUGACCUUAAAGACAGUGGUAUUCAAGAGGUAGACAUGGACAUGGAAGAUGAAGAUUUUGAUGGAAAUUUAUCUGAGCUGAAAGAAAGAAAGCCUGAGAAUAUCAUAGCUCCUGUAGGAGAAGAUGCACCUGAUGAUUUAGGUCCUUCGAAAGAUGGGAAUAGAUGGGAUUCUGAAGGAGACCAUUUGUCAGAAGUGAAAGAAUUAGGUCAGAGUAAAUGGUCAAAUGAUCCAGAUGAGGAUGAUAGUGAAAGAACUAAGGGUGUGAAGACUAAUUUAAGUGCUCUUUCCGGGUUGAUUCAAGCAUAUGGCAAGAAAGUCAAAUCUGUCCGUUGGGCUGAUCAGGUGGGUAGCACUGGAUUUUCAAUACAUGCAGCAAAGAAGGCAAAUUUAUUGUCUUUAGUACUUGGACCUGGCACCGGAUACAACUUGGAGUCCAACCCAUUACCUGAAGAGGAAAUCCCGGCACCAACUCAUAAUGCUGGUGAGUCAAAGAGGCAGAGCACAUUCCAAGAGAGACUACGUGCUGAACAGGAGUCCUUUAAAGUAGUUUUUGAUAGGAGGCGGCAGCGGAUUUUUGGGCUUGAUGUGGAGGAGGAAUAUUAAAUUUAGGGAUGCUUCCCAUUAAGCAUAUUGGAUCCAAAUUUUUAUUUUUAUUUUAUCGAGGGGCUUGAUCCUCGUAUUGCAGAUGAUGAAAAAGCGUAGUGUGCCUCCCCCUCUACAGGAUGGUGAUGGUUCCUGGUAGAUGAUCAAGUGAUAUAGUUUUCUUAUGGUGCGCCUUAAUCUUUGGAAUCCUCGGGUUUGUGUUUCAAUGCUCGUAUCUUUUUGUGAUGAUAAGAUACUUGUGAGAAUGAACGGUAAAACGUUCAUAAAAAGAGGGUUUUUUUGGUUGUCGGACGGUGGUUGUACUCGGUAGGAUUAAUGUAUAGCAUUUGAAACAUUGGUACUUUCCUGCGUUUGUACGAACGAUAUUUGGGACGAAAGUAUAUAUAUAUAUGUACUUGACAAGUGAAAAUAUCACCAUAUUGUACA